AUGGGCGUGGCCACGCCACAUUAUUUUUUCAUCUACGGCAUCACAUUUCGUGAUAGGUGCUUCCGAGUUGUCCAACUCACAUCUGUCGUCAUUAGCUUAGACCGAUUCCCGACAUACGCUUUCGCUACGAUGGCGCAGGAUAUGCCCCCGAGGGGCGGGUACGAACCCGUCCAGUACAAGCGAAACCUGCCUGCCAAAGGGUUUCGCCCCGGCAUCUUGCUACUCGGAGUUGGAGCUGUGAUGGGGUUCGGCUGGUACAAGCUGAUUGGAGGCAUUCGUGAAGCCAACGAGCUGGCCCGUGAGAAGAUGUGGGCGCGUAUCAACUUGAUCCCUCUCCUGCAAGCCGAAGAAGACCGCGACCAAGUCCGAAGAUAUUGGGCCGACCAGAAGCGCGAGAAGGAGCUGUUGGGCGAAAACACAAAGGUCUACAACAAUGAGAGUCGAUUUGUCCGACCGACCUUUGCGGUCUCUCCUGCACCCUCGAAAUAG